AUUGAGACCUCGGCCAAGACCCGACUCAAUGUGGACCGGGUUUUCUUUGACUUAAUGCGAGAAAUACGUAAACGAAAGCUGACGGACGCCGAGACGAGUAAUGGCCCCAAAAAGGCCGGCCGUAAGAAAAAGAGGUGUAUUAUCCUGACCACUGCAUUAAAGACAUUAUAUCGCCAUUUUGUGUGGUGUACGGCCAUCGACAAUGACGGUUAUCACUGGUGUUUCCACGUGACCGGUGAGUCGAGUGGGUUCAGUGGUAUCGGUUCCGUAUAUUUGAAAUAUGAGAAACUGGUGGUUAUUUUGACUGACCCGGAGUCAGGAAAAGUGUCCAAAUGUCGGGUUAACAACCAGGAGGGUGUUGCACAGCAAAUGAUUGUCAAGUACAAUCUUCAGGCCGUCGAUGUUGGAAGUGUGGUCAAGGAGUUACACAUCACCAUGCGUAAUGACCCGUUUGUAGGGUAUAGCCUGCUUGUAUGUACCACAUUAUUUUUACUAUGUUACCAUUAA